AUGACCCCCACCAGCCACGUUACGCUAGUAUCCAGCGAUGGCAAGAGUUUUGAAGUACCGCGCGAGCGAGCGAUGCUAUCGCCCACGCUAGCCAAGAUGCUGGACUCGUCUUUCGCAGAGGCCAAAGAAGCAAAGGUCACUUUGCCCACCAUCGAGUCCAGCAUGCUGGCCAAAGUUGUGGAAUACCUCGAAUACCUCGAGGAGUACAAACACAAAGACGAUGGAGAGGACAUUCCACAGUUUGAAGUGCCUCCAGAGAUAUCCCUGGAGUUAUUACUAGCAGCGGACUACCUACAGAUAUAA